AUGCCCGUGCUCUACACUGACACGACACGCCUGCCCUCGCGGCUCCGAACCCCGUACUCCUCUGUCACGCCAAUAUCCUUCACCCGUUGCGCCCAACCCGUCUCACCGUGCGCGCGUGCAGGUCUGGCGGAGCUGGUGGCGAUGGACGCGCGCUUCAAGCCGUUUCUCAGCACGCUCUUCUCGCCCGCCACCCUGCAGACGGAUCGCGACGACGAGCCGCCCGACGUGGUGGCGGCGCUGGACCGGUCGAUCGACGCGUUCCUCAUGCUGCUCUCCGACGCGCUGCUGCUGCCCGCCAGCCACAAGCCGCUCGAAUACCUCAUCCGCAAGUACCGGGUGCAGCAGUGCAACGUGGACUCGCUGGUGCUGGCGUCGCUGCCGUACCACGAGACGAGCCUCUUCGUGCGCAUCGUGCAGCUGCUCUCCCUCAAGCAUUCCAAGUGGGCGCCAGUGCUGCACGGCUGCAAGGCCAAUGGCGCGGCAAUCCCGAGGGCGCAGCUCGUGCAGAGAUGCGUCAAGGAUGACUCCUUCUUCCAUGCCAUGUGCCAUGCGGCGGAGAAGGCGGCUACCUGUGUGGUCCGGGACAGCCCUGCAUCCGCGUCUCCCCCCACGGCGCCUGCAGCGCCCGCCAUGCGGCUGCUGACCUUCACGAGCGUGCUGCUGCUGGAGGCGCUGGCUGCCAUGCGCGUGUCCGUGGACGCACUCUCCCACCUGCUGCCCUUCAUCCUCAACGGCCUUCAGCCCUCCGCCGUGCAUGAGCACAGGCUGGCGGCCAUGAUGCUGGUGUCGCAGCUGGCCAACCGCUCGCAGCUCUCCACGCAGGUCGUCAACUCCCUCCUCGUCGCCCUCCUCUCCCCCACCGCUGCCGCUGCCUGUGCUGCCCCCACUGCGCGCGGCAUGAGAGCACCACCGACCGCCAUCUCCAUGGACGCCUUCCUCGUGGUCGUGCACCUCUCUGCGACGCAACGAAUCCUGUCUCUCCCAUCCAGGGCAGUCACCAACAUUCUUGCAGACAAGCACUUUGUGGAUGUGCUGAGCACGGCGGCACACAAGUUCAACACGGCCAAGAUUCUCAACCUGCUGGCUGACACACUGCUGCCCAAGAUUGCAACAUCGCAGGCGGCGGCGGAUGUGCUGCUGGCCAUGCUGCGCCAGCUGCCGCGUGCAGCACUCUCCCCUCUCGUGCCUCGCCUCGCCCUCUCCCUGCUGCGCUUUGCCGUCGGCAAGGGCCUGCCACAGGGGGCACCUGUGGUGCUCUCCUCCCUGCAACCUCGCAUCCAGCCGCUACUGCUGGCCCUCUCUCUCAAGUUCACCUCACCGACUGAUGCUGCCAUCGCUGCAGUCUUAGAGUCACUCGCAUCCGCUCCUGCCGAGCGCGCCACGCUCGUGUCCUUCCUGGGUACGGCCCUCUCUGCCAGCCCCUGUGCGCUGCAGCAAGUCGAUGCCCCUCCUGCUGCCACGGGGACAGGCGUGCAGCAGCAACAACAGCAACAGAAGCAGCAGCAGCAGCAGCAGCAGCAGCAGCUGUUGUCAGUUCAUUUGGCAAUUGAUCAUGCGCAAUGGCAAGUGCGGAAGGCAGCAGUGGAGCAGCUGCCAGCGCUCAUGGCGGCAGCAGGGAAGCACACGGACACGGACGAGGCGGCUCAAGGCGAGGUGCAGUCAUUUGUGUCAUCUGCGCUGCAGCGUCGACUGGCAGACGACAGCUGGGAAGUGCUGCACGCUGCUGUCACCUCUCCGCUCCUCCCACGUGCCCUUUCUGCAUCUCUCCUCUUCGCACCUCUCAAAGCCAUUCUCCUCCGCCCCCUGCCGCCUGCCUCCGAGCCUCUGCCUGCUCACAUCAAGGAGUGUCAGAGCACGGCCCUUCACCUCGUGCGCACGGCUGUCAUGGGGCCAGCGCUCAAAACACAUCCGGGGGAAGGCCAGGGGCAGGGGAGCGAGGAGAAGGAGGAAUGGGGAGCGGGAGGUUUGGUGCAGGGGGUGGCGGAGGAGGUGAUGCCACAUGUGCUGCUGUCUGCUCUCAUGCCCUCUCAGCCCUACUGUCCUUCCAGUCCCCUCGCCAACCCCCAGAUGCUGCACGAGGCUCUUCUCAUGGCACAGCAGCUCGCGCCUCACUUCCCCCUCUUCCUCCACCUCCCCUCCCCUUCACUCGCUUCCCUCUCCUUGCCCUCUUUCUCCGCCUCCGAUGCCCUCUCUCUCGUAACCUUCGCCCUUGCUGUUGCCAUCACACCACCUUCCCUCUGCUCCGCACAACGAUCUGCCUCAAAAGACAUGUGGCGCACUGCCAUUCGCUUCAGCCGCUCUGCUUUUGCUUCAUCCUCUCCUGCUGGGCGACAGCUGUUGCUGCUUGCACUUCUUGGAGCAGCACACAGCCUCCCUGCCACGUCAGCCUCGCUGGAAUCAGCACUGCAAUCACGUGAAAAUGUUGCUGUGGCAGGGAGCACGGAGCUCCAAGAGGCGAAGGAAGGAGGAGUUAUGGAAUUUGCGGAGGAGGCGGUGGGGCUGGUGCAGGAUGCGUGGAAGGCAGUGGUGGCGCAGGCAGUGCAUGGGAGUGGAGGGGAGGGGGAGAAGCGACGCAAGGGUGCUGCCUCUGUCCACCUGGAUGCCCUGCUCUCCUCUCUCGCUCAGGCCGCAUUCUCAGCAGCUCCGGACGUGCAGGCCAAGAUCUUCACACUGCUCUCCACACUCCCCGCCUCCUCCAUCGACUCCCUCAGCCUUUCAGCCGACCUUACCGUCUCAUGCCUCUCAUCCCUUUUGAGGAAGCUUCCAGGAGCCACCCGGAUAAGUGAUAGUGUGUCAGGACCACGUAAGCAGCAAGGUGUUGUGGCAGGGCGCGUGUUUGAGCUGUUGAUGGGCACAGCAAGUCCCAAGGCAGCUGCUCUGGCUGCAGCACGCAUUGCCGGAGCAGUGCAAGGGAGGGCAAAGACGCAGGGGGGAAAGAGCGAUGGUGAGGGAGGCCGACGAGUGGAAUAUCAAGAGGCCAUGUUGGAGGCUGUGAGGGACAUGGGUCUACGUGCAGGGGAAACGGCAGGAGGGGAAGAGGGCAGCACGGGGCAGCAAGGCAUAGCUUCUCUGCUGCAGCUGCUGCUGGCACGCUUCACCACUCGAGCCUCCCUCCUCACCUUUUUGGACCCCUUCCUCCUGCCCUCACCCUCGCGCGUGUCUCACUCACCCUCCCUCCAACUAGCAGCGCUCUCCCUCCUCCCUGCUGUAGCUGCUGCUGCAGUGCCAGGGGACGCCAAGGCCAAUGAGGAGCUGCCACAUGUGCUUCUGGGAGCGCUGUUGCGCCUUAUGGUGGCGGUGCAGAGCCCUCACAAGCCCGUUCGCAAGGCAGCUCUCCACGCAUUCGCGACCCUAACGCAGGCGACCGCCACUCUCCCCAGUUCCUCGUCCACCCUGCCCUCUCCCUCCUCUCUUUCGCUCCUUGCAUACACUUUCUCAUCCUCCAAGGAUGCUCUCCUCUCGGACCCCUCCCUACCGCUUGCCCUCUCCUCCUCCUCCUCCUCCUCCACUGUUGCCCUCUCCCUGCCCGCCUUCACACGUGCUGCAUCCUCUACCACCAUCCCUUCCAAACCCUGCCAAGCUGCUGCUCUGCUCAUUCGUCUGCUGGACCCCUCAUGUGCUGCGUCCACUGGUUCCAGCUUGACUCCCUCUGACCGUACCGUCCUGCUCUCAGCUCUCUUCAAUGCUGCCAUCAGCCUUCCUCCAUGGCCUCAGGCCCUGGCUCUCCACAUGCUCGCAGCAAUUCCAGCAGCCACCGCUCUCCUCCCGCUGGGCCUACUGCUGCCUCGCCUGCACGAGCUGCUCUCUCGCCGCCUGCAUUACCACCUGCAGCAGGCGCAAGGUGCUGCUGGGCCGCCACUGCCACACAAGCCAGCAUCAGUGGACGCAGCAGCACGGCUGGGGGGAAGGCUGGAACUGGAUGAGGUGCACCUGCUGGCUGUGGGCUUGCAGCUUGUAGCUGCGGCCGCAUCAGGAGGUGGGCAGGAAGGGGUUCUGGCAGAAGCAGAUGUGGACGAGGAGAUGAGGGAGGAGGGAGGUGAAGGAGAGGAGAGUGCGAAACAUGGGAAGGAGAAAGCGCAGCACACAGCAGGGAAAGGAGUUGCCGCUGUUGACGUUGCACCUCUGCUGCUCAUGGCAAUGCAGGUUCAGGGUGCCAUGUCAGCUGAUGACGUGGCAGUGGAGGCCCCAUCCAUCACGGCAGCAGGUGUGGUCACAGAUGACUUCUUGGAGGCACUGCCAGACACCUACCAGGAUGGGCUCGUGGCGAGUCUGCUCUUCCUCAUGGCAGCAUCUGAGGCCUCGCCUGCAGCGCGCCAGGCAGCCAAGGAGGCACUCCGGCGCCUCAAGCUGAGCCCAACCAUGCUUGCGCGCCUCGUCACGGCCCUCUUCUCUCCACCAUCGGUGUCUCACGGCGCCCCUCAGGCGACCAGCUCCAACACGCCAGACAUAGGUGCCUAUGUGCCACUGUCUGACUCGCUGCCCGUGGAACGACGUGUGGCUGCCGCAACUGGUCUGCUGGAGAUGCUGCUGUGGAAGGAGGACGUCACAGCACAGCAGACCAUCCAACUAUUCCCGUCGCUGGCCACGACCAUUAGCUCUGUUCUCUCCCACCGCUGGCCGAUGCUACCAGCACCCAACUCCAAUGAUGCAGAGGAAGAGGGGGGAGAGCAGGGUGGGCAGCAGGCAGAGGAUGGAGAGGGCGAUGUGGCUGGGAGUGAGGUUGCAAUGAGCGCCCAGAUGCUAGGAGCCGUUGAAUUCGUGCUGCAGCUGGUGCUGACGGUGGCGCGCAACGCCCUCUCCUCACACACACACAUGCAGGAGGGACAGGACGAGGCAAUGGAGAGUGAGGGGGAGGAGGAUGAAGAGGGCAUGGAGCAUGGGGAGGAGGAGUGUGUGGUGCACAUGGUGGGGGCGGCAGUGGAGGUGGUGAAGGGGCGGAGGGAUCCUGCCACUGCGAGUGCAGCCAUAGCAGUGCUGGCAGCUGCUGCAGAAAGGCAGCCAGAGGAGGUGGUGGAGCACGUGGUGGCAGUGCUCUCUGUUGCCACCACUACCACCCUCGCCCUCGUGUGUUCCUCCCCUGCACCUUCACUCGCUCGCUCCUCCUUGUUCCCAUCAGCACUCCUUCCUCUUUGCUUCUGGCCUUGCUGCCUUUUGUUCCCCUUUUUGUGGCACUCCUCUUCGUUUUCGCUCUUUCUCUGUGUGGUUGCUCCGGACAUUCGGGAGUCACACGACGCCAUCCACCGACUCGUGGAGGCAGUGCUUCCUGCAUGGCUGCACCACAACCAAGAUGUCACUCCCCUGCUUCAGAUGGUCGUGUCAUCCCUGCCCUCCAUGCUUCAUCACCACCCCAUCGCCCUCCUCACAGCUCUCCUCAGCUCUCCUGCUCCUCUUUUCCUUGUAAAUCCUGUGUCUUCUUGGUACUUCCCAACACCCCACGCUCUCCCUCCCUCUUGCCACCACAGAGGUGUCUCUCCAUCGUUGGGCCUAGCUCCGCUUCUGCUGCUACUGCUAACCACCACAGGCGUCACACCCUCCCUUCUCACAGCACGUGCCGACAAUUCCAAAGAUACCCCUCGCUCUGCGCGGGCGCGCAGGCAGGCAGCGCUGCAGCAGCACGCAUACUGGAGGCGGCGGGGGGACAGCACAGGCGAUGAGAAGCAAGGCGAGUGGGGGCUCAGCCUGGCAUUUGAGCUCUGUUCGCAGGUUCCAGGAAGCAUCCGACUGGAGGCGUAUGUGAAACUCUUGGAAGCCACGUGCCCUCCAAUCAUAGCGCGACGGAAGGCGAGUGCGGCAGCAGAUGAGGCGUGUGAUUGGUGGAGUGGGACGGGUCCGAAUGACGAUGUGGUUGUGGUGAGCUUCGUGGGUGCUGAGUUGCCGGCUGCAGUGGCAGCUAUGGAGGAGGAGCUGGGGAUGGAGGGAAGUGCAGAUCCAGCAGAGGGUGGGGAGGGAGGGCUCAACAAUGAGGGUGACGCUGCAAUGGUUGACACCCAGCACCGACAGCUCUUUGUGUCUCUCCUAGAGCAUGUGGUUCUUCGCCUCCGUGCCACUGCUGCCGCUGCUGCUGCCAGUGCUGCUGUGUCCCCCCCCCUCACCACCGCAUCUUAUCCUCCUGCCCUCAAGGACAGGGCGGACUUGGUGGCUUCAGCAGCGUAUGAGCUGCUGCAGACUCUGGAUGACGUCACUCCUAGUGGUGUGUUCCUGCAAGCGGUGCAGACGCUACUGACCAACCCCAGCACUCAUAUUCGACGAAAGGUUCUUCGGCUGCUUGCCGCCCGAGUGCGGGCCUCCGCACCCCACACCCUCAUGCCGCAUGGCCGGGGCAAGGGUAGGAGCAAGCAGCGGUUGGCGCAGGCAGCUCAAGAAGAAGCGAGGGAGUAUGCAUCGGUGGCAGGACAGCUGGCGCACAUGGGCGCACUCGAGGGGGCUGACAGGUCCCUGGCAACACAAAUGGCUGCUCUGCAGACACUCGAUGCCAUCAUCAAGCGCUUCGCGUCGUUGGCUUCUGAAGAUUUCUCUCCGGCACUGGCCCCUCUUAUUCGUAUCAUCUCCGCUCACUCGUCCCCACCGCUCCUCAAUGCUGCUGCAUUGCGCUGCAUCUCCUCCCUCGCCUCCUCACUGCACCAUCUGCUGCUGCCCCACCUGCCUGUCCUCAUGCCGCCUCUAUUUGCCUCAGCUGACCGGGCCCUUGCUGCGGCAGGAAAUGGGGCGGUGGAGGAAUUUGGGGCAGAUGAGGGGGGUGCUGAGGAUGCGGAUGAGCAGAUGGAGGAGGGUGAGGGGCAUGGGAGAGCAGAGGUGGUGAGUGAGGGGGUGGCACAUGACCUGCUGGCUGCUGUGCUGCAGGCUCUGGAAGCCAUGCUGGCAGCCAUGGGUCCUCUCCUCUCUCCCUUCACUCCUCGCAUCCUCGCCUGCACCUGUCUCAGUCCCGUGCUUCUCUGCUGCCCCUCGACGUCGGUGAUGCAGCAUGCCCAUGCUGUGCGACAGCUGCUCAUUCAGAAGCUUCCUAUGCGGCUGCUUCUAGACCCUCUGGUCUCCUCCUGGUCCACGGCCACAGCUGCAGGCCCUGCACCCUCUGCUGCUCUGCUGCACAUGCUGGCUCGCGCCGCCUCCCACAUGGACCGGGCUGCUGCCUCCACCUUCCACGCCCGCAUCUUCGACUUCCUCCUCCUCCGCACCUUCGAUGUCCGCCGCGCCCCUCCCUUUCCCCCCUCCACUGACAGCUCCUCCAAUCAGCGUCUGCCAGGUGGCACACAGAUGGUCACAGCUCCUGAUGUGGAAGGAGCAUCAGUGGCGGCAAUGGUGGGGCUGGUGAUGAAGACGAGUGAGAGUGUGUUCAAGCCCAUGUUUGUGCGCGUGCUUGAGUGGGCCGCCAGUGAAUAUGCUGCUAGUGGUGAUGCCAUUUCGCCAGCAGGCAGAGUGGAGCGACACCUCACUCUCUUCGGUCUCGUCAACGUGCUCUCUGACAAGCUCAGGUCGGUGUUCGUGCCAUACUUCCAGUACCUCUUUGACAUUGCUAUUCGCCACCUUGUUGGCACAAUUGAUGCUGCCAAGGGUGGAAUGAAGAAGAAGAGGCGCAAGUCAGCAAGCGUGGCAGCAGCAGCAGAGGACAGCAUUGCACAGUGGCAGCUGAGGCACCUGGUGGUGUGUGCGCUGCACAAGUGCUUCGUCUAUGACUCCAACGCUGCCUUCUUGGAUGCAACACGCUUCCAGGCUCUCUUGGAGCCCCUCAUAUCUCAAAUCGACAGAGAUCCUCCAGCUGGGGUGGCUUCCAUUGUUUCUGCUCCGUCUGCUCCAGAAGCUGUCUCAGCGGCUUCUCAGCUUUCAGAGGCACACCUAAUGCUGGAGCCCUACAUUGCAGUGUCUGUCCCAAGCAUCAGCGCCGUGGAUGAUGAGCUCGUGACAUGCCUCGGUGAAAUGACCAUUGCAGGGGGUUCUGAUAUCCUCUGGAAGCAGCUCAACCACCAGGUUCUGAUGUGCACUAGGAGUGAGCGGGUGCGGUCGCGUCAGCUGUCUCUGCGUGUUGUCAACGAGAUUGUGGAUCGGGUUCGCGAAGAGUACGUGGUGCUGCUGCCCGAAUCUAUUCCCUUCUUGGCGGAGCUGCUGGAAGAUUCAGACGCCAAUGUGGCCGAGAGUGCAAAAAGCCUGGUGAAGAAACUGGAGGAGCUCAGUGGUGAAGAACUCACCCAGUACUUUUAG